GAUGCUUCAAGGAUGACCGGAUUGUCUUCUGGACCUGGAUGUUUUCCACCUACUUCAUGGAGAAACUGGCCCCCAGGCAGGAUGACAUGCUUUUCUACGUGCGCAGGAAGCGAGCCUACCCAGGCAAUGACAGCAGUGUCGAUGGGAGGAAGGCUGAGGCUGAGCCUGAGGUGGAGGUGGAAGUGUAUCGGAGAGACUCUAAGAAGCUUCCAGGCCUGGGAGACCCUGACAUUGACUGGGAAGAGAGCGUCUGCCUGAACCUCAUCCUACAGAAGCUGGACUAUAUGGUGACCUGUGCUGUGUGCACACGUGCCGAUGGAGGUGACAUCCACAUUCAUCGGAAGAAAUCUCAGCAAGUGUUUGCAUCCCCCAGCAAACACCCCAUGGACAGCAAAGGAGAAGAAUCCAAGAUGAGCUACCCCAACAUCUUCUUCAUGAUUGACAGCUUCGAGGAGGUGUUCAGUGACAUGACUGUAGGGGAAGGAGAGAUGGUCUGUGUUGAGCUGGUGGCCAGUGACAAAACCAACACGUUCCAGGGUGUCAUCUUUCAGGGCUCCAUCCGUUACGAGGCUCUCAAGAAGGUGUAUGACAACCGCGUGAGUGUGGCGGCUCGAAUGGCCCAGAAGAUGUCAUUUGGCUUCUACAAGUACAACAACAUGGAGUUUGUGCGCAUGAAGGGGCCUCAAGGCAAGGGCCAUGCUGAGAUGGCAGUCAGCCGUGUGUCUACUGGUGACACGUCCCCCUGUGGGACUGAAGAAGACUCCAGCCCAGCUUCGCCCAUGCAUGAGAGGGUGACCUCCUUUAGCACCCCGCCCACCCCGGAGCGAAACAACCGGCCCUCCUUCUUCUCCCCAUCCCUCAAGAGGAAGGUGCCUCGGAACCGCAUUGCAGAGAUGAAGAAGUCACACUCGGCCAAUGACAGUGAAGAGUUCUUCCGAGAGGACGACAGUGGAGCCGACCUGCACAAUGCCACCAACCUGCGGUCUCGCUCCCUGUCUGGCACAGGACGGUCCCUGGUUGGGUCCUGGCUGAAGCUGAACAGAGCUGACGGAAACUUCCUUCUCUAUGCACACUUGACCUAUGUCACCUUGCCACUGCAUCGGAUCUUAACAGACAUCCUGGAAGUUCGACAGAAACCCAUCUUGAUGACCUAGUGUGUGGAGCCUGCACAGAGCCCCGGCCCUGCCUGGCCCUGGAAUGCUGCCAAGUGCCUACCUGUCACCGCCACGGGGGUCUUCUGUGACAAGCCAGUGCCGGAGCUACAGCCAGGCAGGGCCACUCGACUCCUGGGGCCAGGGCCGACUCCAUGAACACCAGCCCAAACUGAAGUGCCUCGUCCUCUUCCCUUGCUGGCUCUGCUCCCACCCUGUCCCGCACUCGGCCCCCUCAGCCCAUCUCUGGAGAGCCUUCUGCUCCCAAAGAGGGCCAAAGACACCAAGAGGUCAUAGAGAGUGUGAGGGGCUGCCAGCUUCCAGAAUGUUCUUAGACCUCCUGACCUCCACUCCCAUCCCCCUGCUGGGGCUCUGUGCCAGGCUACUGUCCACACAUCCUAUACAAAGCCAGUUGAAGAUUUUGUAAUGCAGUACUGACGAACUUCAGCUCAUGAGUCAGUCCUGACUUGUUCUCCCAUAGUUACUACUUGUUGCAGUGGGUUCCAGCUGCGAGUCAGGGGAUAUGAACUGUUUGUCGGCUGGGAAUACCUCGCCCCAUGCCCAGCUCAGAAUGGGUGUCAGACUCCAGCUGGGCAGACAGGCCCUGAUCCCCCAGAAUGGCCUUUGCUUCCAUCCAAAGAACACCGCCAACACACACCUCCAACCCGAGAUGUCCUGUGUCAGUCUCGGCUGGAGGGACGCAGAAUUCAGUUGUGAAGGAAUUGGGAGGGAAUGUCUGAUGGGGGCCGGGGUUGAAAUCCCAGGAAGGUUUUAGGCAGAACCACCCUGAGGCCAGAGCUCAGAGUGAGGCUGGUGCUGUCCCCUCUGCCCCCAUGCUUUGGUUAGCAUGCUGGUCUUGUCCUCAGCCUGGCUUCCUAGGCAGAGAGCAGACUAGGCUGCUUGUGAGCCCACAUUGUCCUUGGUGGGUGCAGGUGACCAGGGGUCACCAGCCCAAGGCUCACUCUGGCAGUGUGCUCUAGCUGAGACCUCCUCUACCCAACUGGAAUAAACUGGAAGCUGGGCCUCCUGUUGCUGCUGGGUUUAGUGUCCCAGAUUCUGUGUAUGCAGAGCUCGGCUCCUCUGGGCGCAGGAGCAUGGCUCCAUUCCUUGGUCUCUGGGAGUGGGGACUACUUUGGGGCUUUCUCUAGAUUUUGUAUGUUGUUAUUAAAAGCGAGCUAUUGCAUUUCAUUCUGCCUCAGUUUGCCCACCUGUAAAAUGGGGCUGAUACCACCUACCUCACUGAAGUCUCCAGGGUUAACACGCAUGGCUGGGUCAGGGCUUGACCACCUGCCAUUCUGCAUAGCUCAGUCUGGGUCUUAGGAGUGGGUGUUAGGCGGCCAGGAAGCUCGCCUCUCCUGCCUGCUCUGAAAUAACUCCUUCCAAAGGGACGAACAGUGGAUAAGUUUAGACACUGAAGUUCUGGAGCCUGGGUCUAUGUUCUAAUCUAACCAUUGAAGCAGACUCAAAUCUUGCCCCAGAACUCCAGAGUACCUCGGGCCUAUUGCUAUGGCCCUGCAGACCAGGAUAGCCAUUCCUCCUGCAGGGAAGGGUGUGAAUGCUGGCCCUGCAGUCCAGGAUAGCCAUUCCUCCUGCAGGGGUGUGAAUGUUGCCCCCAUGUUUGUUUCUAGGGAGGGCACAGCAUCCUGUCACUUCAGGACCCUAGCCAUUCUGGGGUCUGAACACUCUGGACUUGAUAUCUUGUGGGGAAUACAGCCAGUGUGUCUUCUGCGGAAGACUGAGGCAGUCCUAGACCCAAAGCAAUUCCAUGGCUUCUCUUUUCUGGGGGUUCCAUCCCCCAGAGCUCAGCCAUGCUCCCCUGGGCAAGGCUGGCUUCUCUAAGCCUGGGUUACAAGUGCUUCCCAGGCUGUAGAAGGUACAGAGUCUAUGUCAUGCAUCUUGGCUCUAUGUGGCACAUGGAAAUAACUGAUAUCCGCAGGCCCGUUUCCAAUGCUUAGGUACCUUCAAUCCUUUUGUAGAGGAGGAAAGCACUCCAGAGAGGCUGAGUGAACUCAGAAAUGAACCAUGAGGAACAGUAGAAGGAGGCAAGCUUGUUCUGAGCCCCAGUCUACAGUCUGAACCACACGCUGUCUGACCAGACAUUUGGUCAACCUUCCACUUUCUCCCAAGGGCACUUUUGAGUUCCAAACAUGUUCAAAAGCUCUUGAGAACCUGACUAGAAUUCUGAUAUUUACUUUUUCAAAUAGCUGACAUUGGAGGGACACACAUGGUGGCACAUGUCUGCAAAUCUCAGUACUGAGGCUGAGGCAGGACAGAGUUCCUGGCCAGCCCAGAUUACAUAGCAAGACCCUGUCUCAAAGUCUGAGAGUGACAAGUGACAGAGCAGCACCCAGAAUCUUGGGGUUGACAGUUUGGCUUCUGAGGCUAUCUUUAAUUUUUCUGGGAACACGCCUGUCCUCAUACAACACAGUGACACAUAGCAACUCGAACUGGAGUGCAGUUGUUUUAAAAGAAACCUUGGUGUCAGUCUUUAGGGCAUCAGGAAGAAAGCACUAUUUGCUUUGUGCUCUUUCAAGGAGGCAUCCCUGUUUCUUCAGGUGGUGUCUGCUUUACCUCCCGGGGCUGCCUACAUAAAGGCAACCCAGGCUCACUCCCACUCCAAAAGAUUUUUAAAACACAGGCAAAAAAGAAAUAAGCUGGGUGUGGUGAUGCACGCCUUUAAUCCCAGCACUUGGGAGGCAGAAGCAGGUGGAUCUCUGUGAGUUCGAGGCCAAGCUGGUCUAGAGUGCGCUCAGGACAGCUGGAGCUACAUAGUGAGACCCUAUCUCAAACAAAACAAAAAAAUGUCUUUAUUAAAAAACAUCCCAGCCCCUGUGUAGUUGGUCUAGUCUUAAUUUAAACUAUAAAAAUGGAUUUUUUUUUGACUGUCUUUAGUGGUUUUAAGUUUUUGGUCAAAACUCUGUAUUGCGUUUUGAUGAUUUAGGUCCUGUCUAUUUUUCAGUCAGCUGUCCUUUGCAGCUUUAAAAUUCAAGAAUCUUGAUAGCACAUGGCUUCUCUGGUCAGACUCUCUCUCACCUCUGCAUCAUUACACAGGACUGACAGUUUGGCUUGGACAUAGCCACCCUAAAAAGUAAAUAUAACACCCAAAAGGACUAUGGGCUCUAAGAGACACGGGAUGCUUCACAGCAGUUGCUGGCCCUGGCGUGUGUACAUCAUCUGGGUGGACCUGCAGACCAAGUGUAAAGAUCUUGCAAGAAGUAGCCUUUUGGGGCAUCAGCAAUGGCCCUUCCAGGGAUUAGACAGAGUACCUCCCUGCCCUUCUAGGCGAGGUGUGGUAGUACCCAAAAGGCCUUCAUUGAUGAGAUACUGACAUGAGCCUUCAGGCCUCCACUGGCCACUGCUUGCAACAUCACACCAAGCUAAGUGACUUGACAGCUCGUGGCUGGGGAGGUAUCUGAGUUCUGUACUGGGUAAAUCCUCUGUGGAGGAAGCCAUGACCUGCUGACAGUUUGUGUUUAUCCAAGGCAAUUUCAGACCAUGAGCUGUCAGUGGUUUUUUGUUUUGUGUGUUGUUUUUGUGACAGGGUCUAUGUAGCCCAGGCUGGCUCCAAACUUUGUAUAUCGGAAAAUGACCCCGAGCUGACUAAUGAACCUUCUGCCUCCACCUCCAUGUGCUGGGAUUAUGGGCUUACACCACUGUGCCUGGUUGCUUUGUGCCACUGGGCAAGCACUCUUAUCAGCCCCUCGGUCCUUUCUUACCUUCUUUUGACUUCAGCCCCUUACUUUGUAGGACAGGAAACAUAGAUGCAAAUAGCAAUCUUUCCUCUUCCAAAAUUAUUGUAUGAGUAAUUACACCUACAGAAAAUGUUGAGUGGUUUUUGUUUUUUGUUACUUUAAAACUUGAUAUUUCUACAAAAACAUUUCAACAAAGACAUGAGUACAUUGAACAUGUUUGUGUGAGCGGCUUUCCCAUGGAACACCCUCAUCCAACAGAAAGCCUUUGUGGUGGCUUGUUGACUUUGCUUUAUGAUUUCAUGGUUCUUUGAAAUGCUGCUUUACAUUUUAGAGACAUUUCUGAGUUUUCUUAGAGGUGCUCCCGACCUGUACGGGUUUUUGUUUUGUUUUGUUUUGUUUGUUUUUCGAAACAGGGUUUCUCUGUGUAGCUUUGGAGCCUAUCCUGGCACUCACUCUGGAGACCAGGCUGGCCUUGAACUCAGGCCUGAGUGCUGGGAUUAAAGGCAUGCACCACCAACGCCCGGCUGUACCUGUUUCUUUUAAUAAUACACAUUUCAGGUUAAUACAGACGCUACAGCAGGUCAAGGGAAUGGCCCUGACUUUGCUGUAAGCUUUGCCACAAGAUAGUGUUCUGAAAUGGUUCCCACGGGGUUGAUCAUUCACUGGCUGUCUGCUGGUCUGUGAAGACCCUAUGAGGGGGACAGUGACCAUCCUGGCCAGAGGUGUAGGUGUUUCCAAAGCUGAUCACAUGAUGCCUUUGGGCUGUUCUGUGUUCCCAUGAAAAUCCACUCUGGCAGUGUGUGGACUGAAAUCUCCCAAGCUUUUCUGAGAGAAUCCCUUAAAAGCCCUUACAGUAGUGGGAAGAUGGCUGGAACAGAAGUUGGAAACCAAAGUGGGAGUUUAGGGAAGAUCCCAGAAGGCAUCUUACUGUCCCUGUCGCCUACUCAUCUCUGUGACUGUGGGCUGCUGAGCAGGCACCUGUAAUCAUCACAGGUUGAAAUCAUCACAGGUUGAAAGUAUCACAGCCAUCUUUCAUGCAAAAUGACUAUGUCACAAGGAAUUGGGCCUAAUAGACUAUAUACAUUGGAGUUAGGAACUGCAGUGGAGAGGCAGAGGACAGGGGUCUAAGAGGACACAGUAAGGAGUCAGCUACUACCCUAGAAACACCAGAUCACUUUUCUGAACUGGUACUUCCAACCACAAGGUGGUGGGAAGGAGGUGUUGGCUUAGAAGUUAACAGGUAUCACGCCUCCUUGCUAUCCACAUUGACCCCAGGAUAGUCUGGAGUCUGUCCUGGAUGCUGUCCCAGAUGCUGUGGGAAGGCAGUUCUGCUGUUUAGGUCUUUUGUCCUGACCCAUACCUUUUAGGAGCAGCUGUCAGCCCAAGCUUGGAAGAAAAUGUUCCCUGAAAAGGAAAAUCUUCCAGAAUGAAUGGAGAAGAAAGCAUUAUAUAAAAUAAUGCAGUCCUUGUAGCUCAUUGUAUAUACCCAUGUCACCUGGAGACAUCGGACUCUGUGCUUGUUAAAAGUGACAGGAAGUGGGAAUCUUGAGGAAGGGAAAGCUUGCUUGGGGGAUGGGUGGUAAAAGAAAGGGUCCUGCUCUUAGUGUCACUCACUUGCCUCCUACAGCCUCAUGUAAGCCAAUGGGCUAUCACUUUUCUCUAUGUGGAUGGCUCUUUCACUUUGGAAUCUGACUUUAAUAAAGCAAUUAGGUUGCUCA